UUUCUCUCACUAACCCUAGCUGAAGCUAUAUAUAUCCACAUCUCUCUCCUCCCCCCACCUCUCCUCUCUGCAAUUCUCGAUUUCCUCUAGGCUUCCGAACAAUAAAGAUCAAAACUUGUAAGAGAAAAUUAGAAAUUAGGGUUAGGGAUUUUGAAGAAUUCGAAUUCGAAUGUGAAUGUGUUUGAUUAUAUGAGCAUUAUUAUCUUGAUUUGUUGCUAUUGUUAUUGUUGUUGUGGUGGUGGUGGUGGUGCGAUUGUUCAAUGGCGGAGAAGGUUCGGAGGUUCGGCGUAGGCUAUGCUUUGGCCCCGAAGAAGCAGCAGAGCUUCAUUCAGGACUCGCUGGUGGAGCUGGCGAGGUCGCGUGGCAUCGAUCUCGUACGGAUCGACACCGAGAGGGAGCUGGCGGAUCAGGGGCCGUUCGAUUGCGUGCUGCACAAGCUGUACGGCCAGGAUUGGAGGCGCCAGCUGGAGGCGUUUCGGGUUAAGAACCCUAAUGCGGUGAUCGUCGACUCGCCGGAGGCGAUUGAGCAGCUGCACAACCGGAUUUCGAUGCUGCAGGUGGUGUCGGAGCUCAAAAUCGAGCACGAGAGCGACACGUUUGGGAUUCCCAAGCAGAUUGUGAUAUAUGAUAAGGAGACGCUGUUUGAUCGGCCGGCCUGGGAGGGCUUGAAGUUUCCGGUCAUCGCCAAGCCGCUGGUGGCCGACGGCAGCGCCAAGUCGCACAAAAUGGCUCUGGUUUUCAACCACGAGGGCCUCAACAACCUCAAGCCGCCGAUUGUGCUUCAGGAAUUCGUGAACCACGGCGGCGUCAUUUUCAAGGUGUAUGUGGUGGGAGGCUAUGUGAAAUGUGUCAAGAGGAAGUCCCUCCCGGACGUCUCAGAAGAAGAGAAGUUGGGGAGCUUGGACGGCUUGUUAUCGUUUUCGCAGGUUUCGAAUCUCGCCACCAACGAGAGGACUGAUGAUAAGUACUACAAGAUGAUGCAUUUGGAUGAUACGGAGAUGCCCCCGCAGAGUUUUAUCACGGAUAUUGCAAGAGGGUUGCAGCGAGGCUUGAAAUUGAACCUCUUCAACUUUGAUGUUAUAAGGGACGCUAGGUUUGGGAACCGCUAUUUGAUCAUUGACAUCAAUUAUUUCCCUGGCUAUGCCAAAAUGCCUGGUUACGAGACUAUACUGACCGAUUUCUUUUGCGAUAUGGUGCAAAAGAAAGAGGAAGGUGGGGUGGAGAAGACUGCUUUGGAGAGCUAUGCGGCCCUUAGCUGUGACAAGGAAGUGAGGAAAACUCUAAGCAAUGAUGGGGAUGAUGGUGCUGUUCUUAAUAUAGAAGAGGAGAACCCAAUUCAAGUCUAGGCUAUGGCUACUUUUGGUCCAUGGUUGGCGGUAUUGGGUGAUUGGAAUGUGCUUAAUCAGCUUGGCCAUUUCGUUCAUCUGUGGACGGAAAUAAGUUCGGCAUUAGGUUUAGAUAGCAGUUGGGGGUACAGUACUGAAAUGGGUAGGUUGGUUCUUGGUUUUAGUUUAACUUCUUGACAACAAGAUUACAUGCUGUUCAGUGUUGAUCAUGUAUAUUCCAUCCACCAAUGCCUCCAGAAGGGAAGUGGGCUUGUUGCAUGGUUUGGAGGUUUUCUGAAAUUUAGCAAAAUAUAUAGGAGCAGCUAGUGCUUUUAUUUGCCCAAUAGUAUCUGAGAUUUCCCUUUGACGGUUUUGUCGGGACUUGGAGAAAUGAAUGCGAAAUAAUUUUGCAUGCAUGUUUGGGUGAUAUGGAUUUCCAGGCAACGAAGGUUUUAUUAUAUUUUUGAUUAAUCAGUUAUGAGGUAAAACAAUAGAUCAGCAGGAUCCUGAAACCAAAGUGGAUUUGGGAUAGAUUUGUGUUUUGGAUCUAUAUGGCUAUAUGUUUAACACGUUUCAUUGACUUUGCAUGAAUAGCCAUAUUGUUUUGAUAUGUUGUUAGUAACGGUUUUUAGCUGAAUUAUUGUUAUGACCUGUAGCUGUCAUAUUUAAAUCCAUAAUGUGUCUGAUUAUUUUGCUAUCUUAAAUGUUGUAGUUAAUUUCUAUCUGAUGGUUUUAGUAUGCAUGCUUUCUGGGUUUAGAAUUGCAACAUGUGUUAGCUAGCUGUUGAAAGGUUAGAAAAUUUGAACAUGUUUCCAAAAUUUGAAGUGUAGUUGCACUGUGCUUGUAUUGCAAAUGUUUCUGUUGUAGCAGUGUCAAAGCCACUUACCUUAGAAGAGACUGGAUCUAGAAAUCUGACUAGGUGACUUUCCCCAAGGUCAUGUUCGAGUGGUAAAUGACCAAAGAGGGUUUGAAGUGUUUUCGUGUUGCAUGCUUUUAUAAGUUUUAUUAGGCUUGUUGCAAAUGUUUUUUCCUAUCUAGUAAUAUUUGGAGACAAUUUAUGUUUUGAGCCAAACUUCUUGACUGUAUCUCUAUAUUGAGCGUUAUGGUUUGUGUUAGGUUUAGACUUGGUCAAGAUUAGUAUCAUGAAUCAAUAUCAUAACCAGCAGGAUGAAGAAGAAGGGGAAACUAAGAAAGUCUGAUUCUGAAAUAGAAAUAGAGAAAGUUACUAAAUGUUAGUUCAAAGGAAAGUUAGCUCUCCGUUUGUAUUCCAAAAGUGCCAACAAGAUUUAUGAUUUGUCUUGGCUCAGUAUAGAAAACCACAAAGCAGAAGCUUGUUUGUUGCUGUACCAUGAAAAGUUAGGAUAAGCUAUUGUAUUUGGGUUAAUACUGCUAAAGGGUGAAUUGAAGGCUUGUAUGUUUCCAUUUGCAAUUGAUCCUUGAUCUUCAUUAGGGAACUCAUUCUGAAUCUUCCAUCUCCAUUAUAGAACUCGAUCUGAGUUUUCAAGUAGGUGUGAGUUUUCUUGAUUGUGAAUAUUUUAAAUGUUCUGUCCUUAAACAUGUUUCAAGAACAUUGGUGCUGGAAUGAAUUUCGUGAUUGGAAACUGGAUUGUCUAACUAUUGUGGAAUUGAAUAUAUACAUUCUGUUCACGCUAUUCUGCAUUUGGUAUGUUUUGGCCAUAGGAAAUCUGUUGAGGAGUUUGUUGUUUAAAGAAAAUAAAUUAUGGAAACAUCUGCUUGGGAUACUUUAGUGAAAUCUAUUUAUAAUCUUCAAUAUGUCAAGGAGAUUAUCCUUAUAAAAUUUGAUGAGUUUAGAUAUUACUAAAACUGAUAUGGAUGGAAGUUGGUGAUUUGGGAUAGAAAUGGUAUCUGUAGGAGUAAUUUCUGCCGUUGCAAUAGAUAGUGUGGGAAGAUCAUGUAUUAGUCUUUCAAACAUUUUGUCUUUAGAGUUCUUUGAAGCUGCAACUUGCUUUGUCCAAGACUCUAAAUUGAGAUGUACUGAAAUGGGGGUACUAUUUUUCGGGCUACUCCUGCAGUAGAAAAACCUGAGUCCAUUGGUUUAAAAUUGCUUGUUAUGUCCUUUUUAGGUUUGUUACAUGCUGCUAGUCCUUUCUGGCUCUUAUCUUUGAGAUGUCACAAAAUUGAUUUUCGCUUGACCUUUGUGCAGUUUUGUUAUCUCCUUUUAAAAGACCACCUACUGUACAGAAGGUAAACUUUACUAAUGCUCCAUCAAUUAUGGUUUGUUAGUGUUCCUAAGCAAACCAUUGAACCAAAUCACUAAUGUUGUUGGUUUGGUUGGAGGUUCUCCUUUGGGUAUUAUAGAGUUAUUUAUACAUGUAUUUAUUUAUUGGUCCAAAGGAUGUAUAUGUUAGAGAAGAAAAUAUUUCAUACAAAAUGAGCCUCUGUAAUUGUACAAAUGAAGCUUUGAACCAUGUCAAAAGGAAUUAGUAGAGCAUAAUACA